AACAUCAGGCAGAUGAGGAAGAGGGAGAGGAAGACCAAAAAGUGGACCCAAGCGGCCAUGGACCAGGCCAAGCAGGAGGUGGAAGCAGGCAGGCUCUCUCUACGGCAGGCAGCCAUGGAGUUUGGGGUCCCUAAGUCCAGCCUGAGUGACCGAGUCAGUGGAAGAGUGGCCUCCGAUUUUUCCAUCUGUCGGAGGUCACUCCUUGCCCAUGCAGAUGAAGACUCCCUGGUGGAGUACUGUUUGUACUCUGCUCUGCAUGGGUUUCCACUGACGAAGCCUCAGGUCUGGCCCACGCUCUGGCCAUCUACAACCUCCGCCACCAGGAUGCGCCGAAGAACGCGCUUGGCCAGACGUGGUGGAUUAACUUCAGAGAACGGCAGAAACAUCGCCUAACAUCCAGGAUCCCAGACUUCAUUGACCGUGGGAGGGCAUCCUGUGCUAAGAGGGGGCCCAUCCAGGACUAUUUCAGGCUCCUCACCACCACCAUGGAGGAGCAUGUGCUGAGGGAGAAACCCCGUCAGAUUUAUAACUGCGACGAGACGGGGUUUCAGCUGGACUCGAACAGAAGGAACGUCAUCGUGCCCCGGGGGGCAAAGCAUGCAUACAGGCAGGCCCAGGGAACGAGGGAGCACAUCACCGUCCUGGCCUGCCUGAACGCGGCUGGGGAGGAUAUCCCCCCAUUUAUUAUUUACAAGGGGGGAUAUCCAGGGGGCCCCUACAAUAAAGUAGGGGUUCCCAAUGCCCUCUACGGGAAGUCGCAGGCAGGGUACAUAGACAGUGAGCUGUUCAGGAAGUGGUUUGUCGGGCAUUUCCUUAAGUUUGCCACCCAGGAGCGCCCGCUGCUGCUGGUUAUGGAUGGACAUGUGUCCCACCUGGAUCCGGAGCUCGUACGGGCGGCACAGAGGGAGGGGGUCAUUCUCCUUUGCCUGCCACCACAUACGUCUCACAUCCUUCAGCCACUGGAUGUGAGUUUCUUCGGACCCUUGAAGGCAGAUUUCUCUGGUGUUACAGGAGAUCUGUCGGCAGUGAACCACUCCUUUCUGGUUUCCAAGAAGGAGUUUUCAAGGGUCCUAAGGGACUCAUACCAGCGGGUGAGGGAUCGGGGGCUUGUGGUGGCUGGGUUUAGGAAGUGUGGCCUUUACCCUCUGGACCCGAUGGCCAUUGACUGGUCACGGGUCAUGCCGUCCGUGCGUGGGACCUCCCCACCACCUCCACCAACCUCAUCAGCAUCUUCCUGGGCUGGGCCUGAUGUAACCCACCCCAUAACACCCCCACCCCAGAGUGCACCUACCCAUCCCAUAACACCGCCGUCCCAAAGUCAACCAGCCCCUAUCCCUCAUCCCCAGAAUCAACCUGCCUCUCCCAAUCCCUACCUCUCCCACCCCCUGGUUACAUCAGGCCGGAUAACGGUAGACCUGGCCCACCUCCUGGCUGAAAUCAAUUACACGAGAAGAACUGGCAAGGUCAGGAGGAAUACCACCAAGGCCAGGAUACUGACAGCCCAGGAGAUGUCUGACACCAUCGAGGAGGUGGAGGACCGUGCUGCAAGACGGGAGGCCCAAGCUCUGGCCAGAAGAGACAGAGAGCAGCAGCGGGCCAGAGACACCAGCCCGGCAGCCACUUCCUCUACCCUGCCUAGCGGCUCCCGCCCCAGCCGCAGAAGAGCUCAGCCCCUCGGGGCUGCACCAGCAGCCAGCUCCGGCAUUUCCAUCGCCGGUCCCUCAGCACCCUCUGCCCCCUCUUGUGCCUCCCACGGUCCCCGGCUGCCUGCCACCAGCGGCAGACCAUCCCGGACGAGCCUGCCUGCAGAGGGACACCAUCCUCCAUCUCCUGAGCCUUCCACAUCGAGGGUCCAAGGGUCCAGUUCUUCCUCUCCCUCCCACUCAGGAAGAACCAGCUCAUCCUCCUCUGUUGGACCCACGACAUCCACCGGUCACACUGCUGCAAAGAGGAGACUGGAGCCGACAGUGUGGCGGUGUGGCCGGUGCAGGCAACCGGAUCCUCCAGCGCCUUCAGAGGAAUUGGUGUCGUGGGUCCAGUGUGACAACUGCCACAAGUGGUUUCACACCACUUGUGGCAGCUGGGAGGAGGAUGAGCUGACAAAUGAUGAUUUUUGGUGUUUUUGGUGCUCCGAUAUUUAAUUUGAUAUUUUAUUAUGUAAUUUGUUUCUUUAUUUU